AUAGGUAUAGGGGCAUUUACCGUAUUAUUUGCGGCGUCUUAACUUUGCUAACCACCUGAAGCUACCCAUCCUUUUUACCAGCGAGCCAUCCCCAGCGAGUGGUGCGCGCCGAAGUUGAUUUGUGAAUCCUAGCAGCACUCACUGAAACUGAUACUUACUGCUGGUCUGAGCCGAGUUCACAGUUCACUAUUUCUCCAAAGGACGUCACGAAUGCUGCAAGCAAAUUCCCAUUUCACAGCGCCAAGGCGCCCAACGCCACGUCUCCUAGCUCAAAGACCACCGUGCGUCACUUCUUUUCAAAACAGCUUCAUUAGCCGGUCGGCUCCGGAAAGCCGGUUGGAAAACAUUGCCACGUCAGAAGCCUCCGACCGCCGUUCAGCGGAGGAGGAACGCACAGUAGCUUCGGCUCCAGCAAGCUCCUCCAGAACCGGCGAUCAUCCAAACUCGGAUUAUGGCAGCAACAACGGCAACAGCAAAGCGGGUGGCAGCGGCAGGAGUAGUGGCGACACCGAUGUAGUGCGGACCUGGCUCAACCAGCCCAUCUCCCUGCCCGCCGGCCUCCGCACCAGCCGUCGCGAGCUCCUCAAGCUCAGCUCCCUUGCAGGUGCCGCCGGCUGCUUCUACGUGGCAGCCAGCCGCAGCCGCGCGCUCUCCCUCGCCAGCCCGCAGGCACUGCUUAAUGCACUGCUGCCGCC